CUGUCUGCUCAGCAACGAGCUGGGUGUGGGUUCUUGCCUCUUGGACUGUGGUGUUUGAAAUCCCCUGGCAUGUCUCUAUUCAAUGGUUUUAUCUAUACAUCUCAAUUUCCUUUCCUCUAAACCAAAUUUGAAGAUAAACAUGACAAAUUCUAAGGGACAGCAAUGCACAGUGAUGCAGGGCUACCAUGUUAUGUCCCUUCUCUGCCAGAGUUUGUUCUCUCACAGCCUGCUCCUCUCUCAGGAGGCAGUGGGGAGGUUUGGGGCAUUUCUUUGCCCAGCCCCAAGCCCAGCCCAGGACAGCAGCUCUGCACUGGCUGGCUCACUGCCCAGUGACAAUGGCUCACCCUUCCAGGAGGCUCUGCAGGGUGUAGCUGCAGUGCUCAGCUCUCUGCCCUGUCUGCCCUUGCUCCAACAGGGAACAAAGGAGAAAUACCCAAACAUUUCUCCUUGGGAAAAGUGGCAGCAGGGUUUGGGAGGAAGGAAACUAAUUUCCUGCUCUGCUCAGUCCAUGCCAGCAGGCUGCAGGGUAUUUGGGAGGCUGAAGAAGACCCUGAGCCAAUGCAUCCAGACUCAUAUGGGAUCAAAUGCACUCGGUGGAGGAAAGUCCUUCCUGGGAGAGAUGGUGCACUGGAGGAUGGUGCUAUCAGGGUCCAGAGUAUUUAAAAUCAAGGGCUGAGCUGGCUGAGCAAGGAGCCCUGAAGCAGAACUCACUCCACUGUGCUGCUGCUCAGGCCCCUCUGUGCUCUGGUGCUGCUGCUUGGGGUCCCCUCCCCACCUGCCACUGUGGCUGUGCCUGCCCUUCACGGGUUCUGUGCUUUCCUGCACCAUUUUCACAUUUUCCCCUGCCCCUGCAGAUAAGGAGGACAUACAUACCAGGCUGGACUUUGGCAUUGGCUCAGGCCAGGAGCCAGAAUUUCUCCUGGUGCUCCCCUUGUGUGCUGCUCCAGCUGGCCCCAAGUCACCUCCAGAAGAAGGAGAGAGGUUUCUCAUCUGCUCAGACAGCAACAAUCUCCAUGCCCCAAGCAAACCUUGCUUGUCCCACAUCUCUUCUUGCUGUCCUUCAGUGUCCUAUCCCAAAAAGCUCUUGUUAAUGUAGUUUGAUCCUGUUUGCUGGCUCCAUGUUGUGUCCAUGGGUAGCUUUAUAGUGGCCAGAGGUCCUGUCUGACCCAACACAACCUUAUUCCUUCAUAGCAAGGUAGUGAAAUAAACCCUUUUCUUCUGCCCACAGCCCAACUGGAAGGUGCCCAGCUUCCAACAGCAUCUGUGGAGUCCAGGGUCAGUGCCCUGGCAUGCCAGGAGAGCCUGUAGCAGAGAGACUUGGCUUCCUCUGGGCUUUGGGGCUCCUCUAUUGCACCCCCAUACAUUCCUCCUGCCAGCCCAGUGUCCCCACUGUGCUCCCAGUGUGGAGCUGUGCCUGUGAUGUGAGAGUCACUCACAGGAGAGCUGCUCCUCUCCUUGUGCUUGUCAGUGUUUGACAGCACAAACAUUUUAAGCUGCAGAGGGAGAGUGCACUCAGCCCCCCCAGAUGGUUUGUACGUGAUGCUGCCCUUCUGUGACACAAAGAGCUCAGACCCCAGGGCCACGUGCAGAGCUGCAAAUUUGGUCUUUGAUGUGGGGCUGGCACAGGGGGCACAGCCAUCCCCUCCUGGAGCACAAUGGACUCAGCUGAUUUGUGGAGCAGCUUCAUGGGGAAAAGCAGGUUGGCUUUGAGUUUCAGGCUCCUUUUUGUCUUGGUUAGCAGAAGAUUUACACAUUUUUCUGUGGAUAAAAAGCUCUAUGGUCUUUUUCUCUGCACUGCAGCAGAGAUGACAAGGUAUUAUGUUGCCCUGAUGGCCUCUGUCUUGACAUCCUCAGGAAUAUUUGGGAAGUGUAAGAGAGGCUGUGGCAAAUGGUCUGGAGUGACUUACAGUGGAAGUUUCAGUAAAAAAGCGAGGGAGCACCAAGCAAAAGUCUCUGCAGCACUAAAUGUGGGUUCUUUGUUUGCUGAGCCCUGUUUCUGUCACUGUGGGUCCCUCAGGAUCGUGUGUGGUUGUGACUUUUCCAGCAGCAAUAAUGCUCCCCUAUGCCAGUCCAGUGCCUUUGGCACUGCUCAGUGCGUUUAUUUCUGAAAGUGGGGGCUCCUGCCCAAAAGGUGCUUUCACCCAAAAGCUCAGUGAGGUGGUCUCGGGUGAGAGAGGAGCCAGAGGGGUCAGAGAGCUCCUCAUGGCCCUGCCCACCUGGGGCAGAGGAGCAGCACAGGCAUCCCCAGGCACCCAGCACACAGCAGCCUGGGCUGAGCUGGGCUCUGAGGGUGGGGGGUGGCUCUGGCACUCCCAGCAUGAGCUGAUGAGUGGGGACAUGGGCUUUUCAGAUUUGAACUGGGAGCCAGGUUGUCUCCAAGGCUUGUGAGACUUCACUAAGCUAUUCAACCAGGGUGUGAGCUGGGAAUUAGGAGCAGGUUCUCCUCUGCCUCUCCAGGAAGGACUCACAACUGGUUUCGAGUCCAGCUGGAAACAUUUUCCAGUCUCUGGUGAAGUACAUCAGCCCAUCCACACAUCACACAGUGGGCAGGACAUGAUCUGCCCACCCCAUGGAGCCAGCACAGCUGCCAGCCAGCUGCUCUCCCAGUGCACCUUGACCAGAGCAGAGCAAGGGUGACACUCACUGCUGGGUGACUUUGGCAGGAGAGAUGCUCAGCUCUUCUACCCUGACCCGUGGCACCAAGCGUGGGCUUUGCCCUCUCAUUGCUCACCACCAGUUGUAAGAGCUGAGCAUUUAUCUCAGCCCCAUUACUGCCAAUCUCCCCCUAUUAAAUCACCCAUAAUUCACAGGCAGAAAACAUCUUUUAUUGCAAUGGUGACAUUUAAAGCAAGGGAGGUGUUGGUUUUUGGUUUGUUUUUUUUUUGUUCUUGUUGUUGUUUUUGGGUUUUUUUGGUUUUUUUUUUAAUUAGUUUUUAGUCAGUCAGCUCGUUUGCUCCAGCCUCUGCUCCACAUCUGUGAGUGCAGCCUUCUCCAUCCAGCUGAGAGGGAAUUAUGUGUGCAAGAGGAGUCAGGGCUCCCUUCCCAGCUCCCAGCUCACACUGCUAGCACUGCUGUGCCUGCUGCACACCCAGCUGCCUGCCCGAGGAUGCUGCACCUGAAAGUCCAGUUCCUGGAUGAUUCCCAGAAGAUCUUUGUAGUUGAUCAAAAAUCCUGUGGGAAAGGGCUCUUCAACCUCACCUGCAGCCACCUCAACCUCGUGGAGAAGGAGUAUUUUGGGCUGGAGUUUCACAGCCAGGCUGGGAACCAGGUCUGGUUGGAGCCACUAAAACCCAUAACAAAGCAAGUGAAAAAUCCUAAGGAGGUUCUUUUCAAAUUUAUGGUGAAAUUUUUCCCAGUGGACCCCGGCCACCUGAGAGAAGAACUGACCAGGUACCUCUUCACCCUCCAGAUCAAGAAGGACCUGGCACAGGGGCGGCUGCCCUGCAGCGACAAGAGCGCGGCGCUGCUCGUCUCCCACCUGCUGCAGUCCGAGCUGGGCGACUUCCACGAGGAGACAGACCAGCAGCACCUGGCCACGCACAGGUACCUGCCCAACCAGGAGUACCUGGACAACAAGAUCAUGCACUACCACCGGAGACACAGAGGGAAGACGCCGGCCGAGUCAGACGCUCAGCUGCUGGACGUGGCCAGGAAGCUGGAGAUGUACGGGAUCCGCCCGCACCCCGCCAGCGACGGCGAGGGGACGCAGAUCAACCUGGCCGUGACACACACGGGGGUGCUGGUGCUGCGGGGCAAUACAAAGAUCAACACCUUCAACUGGUCCAAAAUUCGCAAACUGAGUUUCAAGAGGAAGCAUUUUCUCAUCAAGCUCCAUGCAAACAUCUCUGCGCUGUGCAAGGACACGCUGGAGUUCACCAUGCUCAGCCGGGACACCUGCAAGGCCUUCUGGAAGACGUGUGUGGAGUACCACGCCUUCUUCAGGCUCUCUGAGGAGCCCAAGUCAAAGCCCAAAGCCCUUCUGUGCAGCAAAGGUUCCAGCUUCCGCUACAGUGGCAGGACUCAGCGGCAGCUGCUGGAGCACGGCAGGAGGGCUAAGAUGAAGAGCCUGCCCUUCGAGAGGAAACACUACACAUCCCGCUACGAUGAGAGGCAGUGCCGCUCCUCCCCGGACCUCCUGACGGAUGUAUCAAAGCAGGUGGAGGAGCUGCGCCUGGCCUACGGCAGCCGGGGCUCCUACCACGCCAACGGAGUGCACGGCUCCGAGCCCACCCUGGACAGCCGGUGCCACAGCUCCACCAUGGAGGUGACGUUUGCCGCUGAGCUGGAGCGCUCCAAGCCCGAAGCAUCCCCCACCUUCCUGCCCCACUCCAAGAGCUCGUCUGCCUUCCCUCUGCUCUACGCCGAGCUGGAGAUGGAGCGGGCGUGGGAGCCCAUCGACCUGUUCGGAGCCAGGAAUCCCUUGACAUCCUUCCGGCCCCACCACCAGUUCGCUGGGAACAGUAAAAGCACCUCUGUGGGCAACAUGCGGGAGGUGAGCGCGCGGCAGCUGGUGUACACGGAUGUGCCCAGUCCCCUGCCCGUGGUGGCCCCGGCCCCCCCUGUGCUCUUCUAUCUGGACAGGGCGCUGCAGCCCCCAUGCCCUGCACUGGCCCCUGGCGAGGACACAGCAGGACCGGCUGGUGCAAGCGGUCCCGUGGCGGCAAAACCCCCCGGGCAGAGCCCGAGCGGGGCCCAGGCUGGGCAGCUCCAUGGCGAGGCUGCAGGCACGGCCACGGGCACGAGCAUGGCGGGGGAGAGCAGGUCACUGGCUCGCUCCUUCGAUUACGGCCUCCAGGAGCAGCCUCCCAAGCGGUCUUGGAGCCAGUCGGACAUGAAGACCAUCCGCUUCCCCUACGGCUCUGAGUUCAGGCCCCUGGGGCCGUGCCCUGCUCUCAGCAGUCGCAAAGGAGGUGUUUUUUGGCACGUCCCAGCCCAGCAAGGGCUGGCUCCGGGGCUGCGGCGCUGCCCCGAGCGCUACCUGGGCAGCAGCACCGAGUCCAGCGACUCGGACCCGGAGCUGCUGGCCGCCGAGCACUGCUCCCUGUACGGCCGCGUGCUGCGCUCGCCCAUGGCCCGCGUGCGGCUCUCCUCGGGCAGCCUCCAGCUGGAUGAGGAGGAUGAGGAGGUGUCCUCUGCCACCAGUGCUGCUGAAGAGAGGAUUUCCAGAGGGGCCUCCAAGUAUUUCACCUAGGUGCCUGACACGGGCCAGAGGGAGCAGAGGUGGCCGGUGCUGACCCAGGGUCAAAGAAUGGUGACACUCUUCGUUUGCAGGUCUGCUUACAGCUUAUGAAACAUUGAUGGGAUUGUGUUGUGUGAGUGCUCUUAGCUAUAGAGGAUGUGUUAAUGGACAUCAGGGGUGUGUUCAGAAGUAUUCAACCCCUGCACCACACUUGGAAGCUGGUUUGCCUCUGCCCCACACUUUCAGAGGUGGGUCUUGCUUCAGCCAGAGAUCUCCUAAAGCCCUGCUAAGCUUCUAUGUCCUGCCCAAGCUGAUGCUUGGAGCUCUGCUGCUGGAGUCUUCAUUGAGGGGGAGGGAGCGACUUCUCACAGAAUAAUUUCAGCUGCUGCUUUUCCCAGCUGCAGAGUGGCACACUGGAGGGAAGGUGUUUCAGGCCCUUUUGGAAAGGAGCAAGGUCUUCAUGGGAGUCUGCUCCUCGAGCUGAUGCUGUGUGGACAGGACAAAACCCCAGCAUAGAGCCCGUCUCCUCCACCUGCCUCACCUCCCUCCAGUGCUGCAGGGAGUACCUGGCGCUUGAAGACAAAGCUCUGUGUGUGGCUGUCUUCUCCUUGGCCAGUUCAGAGAUUAUCCUUCUCCAGAAAUAUCUCAGGAGUGCUUGUCAAGCUUUAGAAGCACCCCAUGGUGAGCACUGGGAAGUGGGUUCACACUCUCUAAUUGUGCUUUGCUUAGGCACAUCAGCCAUCACCUCCCAGUACCUCCGUGCUCUGCUUAAAUCUGAGGGAGAUAUGUAAGGGGGCUCUUUGGGGUCCUUUGCUUCCCCAAAUCAGCCCUCAGUUAAACAGCAUGGGAGAAAAGAUUUCAGGAGCACGUAGGAAUGGAACAAGCAGCUUCUUGGAAGAACUUUUAUUUUAAAACCUGUUAUCUUAAACCUACAUGAACUCUACUCGUGAAUCUUGAGAAUGAUGACACCUCCAUAAGAUUUUAGUGGGGGGAUCUUGAUAAUUUUCUUUAAGAACAACCCUGUAAGUCUUUGUAGGACAUGAUUUUAUGCAGGGAGACAGCCCAGAAAAUCCAUGGCAGAGAAACCACUGCAGCCUGCUGGAAGGAUUUCAGAAAUGAAGAAAGAAGUGGGCUUAUGGGUCCUGCUCACUCUGCAUGUUGCUGUCCUUUGGUUUGGGAGGUGGACAAUAAAAAACAGUUGUUCACA